AAUUUAAUACUGAAGCUGUAUCAAUGUAUUGGGAAACAGACGUUGUAUACUGUGGAUUUUAUGACGUUUUGCAAUGUUUCGUAGCAGCACAGAAGAGAUUGUGACUAGUGAUACUUUAGAAAGUGGACAUACCUCUGAUGUGUCUCCACCUGAAAGAAGUCUAGUAAAUGGAAACACUUCUUAUAAUCCCUCCUUUCAAAAUUUGGAUGAAGAGAGUACUCGCUCUAGCACUGGUCCAUCACUUCCUCACACAGCCACAGGUCAAUUCCCCCAUAGCCUUCAGUUAGGAAGGACCAAUCCACCCCGCCUUGCCUGCAACUCAGACAGCUCUUACCGUCGAGGAACACCAAGAAGCCUGAGGAAGAUCCCGGGUUCUGCAAGGGCCACACACACUGCAUGGACACCGUUGACUGAUCACACUGCAGCUACAAGUUGCUCCUCUUCUACCACUGCUUCUGGUGCAUCUGUAGUUGUAGCCCUGGUUGAAGGCCGUGGUUUGGCCAGGGGAGAGAUUGGAAUGGCCAGUGUUAACUUGAAAUUUCCAGAGCUCGUACUCUCUCAGUUUGCAGACACUGGAACAUAUGCUAAGGUUAUAACCAAGGUCCAUAUCUUGUUGCCGAUGGAAAUACUGAUGCCAGACACUGCUUGUGAUAAGGGAAAAGGGACAAAGCUCUUUACCCUCAUCGCAGAGAACCUCCAGGGUGUUGCUUUCACUGCAAUUCAAAGGAAAUAUUUUAAUGAGAAGAAAGGACUAGAGUACAUCCAGCAGCUCUGUGCUCCAGAAUUUAGCACUGUCCUGAUGGAAGUACAGGCUAAAUAUUAUUGCCUAGCAGCUGCAGCGGCUUUGCUGAAAUACUUGGAGUUCAUUCAGAACUCUGUGUAUGCUGCCAAGUCGCUUAAAGUGAGCUUUAAAGGAAGCGAACAGACAGCUAUGAUCGACUCAUCAUCUGCCAGUAACAUGGAGUUGGUGGUCAACAACAGAGACCACAGCAGCGACCAUACCCUUUUAGGCGUCCUUAACCACACGAAAACUCCUGGUGGCGCCAGAAGGUUACGCUCCAAUAUUCUGGAGCCUCUGGUGGAUGUGCAUACUAUCAAUAUACGCUUGGACACGAUACACGAGAUGCUGCAGAAUCAGGAGCUCUUCUUUGGAUUGAAGAAUGCGAUAGGUCAUUUCCUUGACAUUGACCAGCUGCUUUCUGUUCUGGUCCAGGUUCCAAAACAAGAGACAGUUCAGGUUGCUGAAGCAAAGAUUAUGCACAUCAUUCAGCUGAAACACACUUUGGAUCUGGUGCCACAGUUGAGGGUGGUGUUGAAGAACUGCAACACAGCUCUUCUUAAAGCAUACAGCACUUCACUAGAGGAUAACAGAUUUGAUGUGCUCUUGAAGCAGAUCCUUACCGUGAUUAAUGAUGACACCACCUACCUGAAGGGGAGCCUGAACAUGCGCACACAGAAGUGCUAUGCUGUGCGACCCAACAUUAAUGAGUUCCUGGAUAUUGCCCGACGAGCUUAUACUGAGAUAGUGGAUGACAUUGCAGGACUAGUAAACCAGAUGGCCGAGAACUAUGGAUUUCCCAUGCGCACAAGCUUCAGCACUGCUCGAGGUUUCUUUAUCCAGAUGAAGCUGGAAGGAAUGUUCUUGCCUGAGGGGAAACUUCCUUCAGAGUUCAUCAAGGUCACAAAACACAAGGACAACUAUGCCUUCACCACCGCAGAUCUGAUGAAGAUGAAUGACCGCUGUGAUGAAGCCCUGAGGGAGAUCGUUCAUAUGUCCUAUGUGGUGGUAUGUCAACUUCUCAGGACUAUCCAUGAACACGUCCAUUGCCUCUACAAACUGUCGGAUGCUGUAUCGAUGCUGGAUAUGCUGCUGUCGCUGGCAAACGCAUGCACCCUCUCUAACUAUGUGCGACCAGAGUUCACAGACACACUAGCCAUCAAACAGGGUCGUCACCCCAUCCUGGAGCGAAUGCCCGGACAGCAAUUUGUAUCCAACAACUGUUACGUCUCCGAGGGCAGCAAUUUUGUCAGCAUCACAGGACCCAACAUGAGCGGGAAAUCCACAUAUCUUAAACAGGUGGCACUGUGUCAGAUCAUGGCUCAAAUAGGUUCUUUCAUCCCUGCUGAGUAUGCUUCUUUCCGUAUCGCAGAUCAGAUUUUCACCAGAAUUGGCAUUGAUGAUGACUUUGAAACUAACUCUUCCACAUUUAUGGUGGAAAUGAAGGAGGUGUCAUACAUCAUUCACAAUGUCAGCGAGCAGUCCCUCAUCAUCAUAGAUGAGCUGGGACGUGGUACCAGUGCUGAGGAAGGCAUUGGGAUAUGUCACUCAGUUUGUGAGUUUCUCCUCAGCCUCAAGGCCUUCACCCUGUUUGCCACACACUACCUUGAGCUGUGCCAACUAGAAUCUCUGUAUCCCAGUGUGGACAACCAGCACAUGCAAGUUCAGCACACACGCACUCGUGACACUGGCACUGAGAACAUAGUGUACACUCAUUUACUGAGUCAAGGAUUUACUGAAGAAAGACACUAUGGCCUCAGAGCAGCUGAAAUGACCUCACUUCCUUCAAGCAUAAUCCAGGAAGCAAAGACAAUUGCCUCCAAAGUCAGCAGGCAUCUUUUGGCCAAGCGUAAAAGUGAUCCAGAAACAGAGAGGCAGCGUGGGUUAUACCGCUUGGCCACCCGCCUCCAGCAGACUGCCAGAAACUCCAGACUUGACCCGGAGAGCCUACGCAUGUAUCUGAAGGGCCUAAGAACGCAGUAUGAGGCAGAUCUAGAGGCUACAGGGCUGCCAGCAUCCACGGAUACCUGAGAGAGGAAUCAAAUCUUAAAGAGGAAUGACUGUCCCAGACGUACAUCAAGUGAGAAAGUUUAAGUCUGGUGUGUACAGUUUAUUUGGACAAUUGCAUUUCUUUGACUAUUAUUAGCCUUAAAUGCAUUUGAAAUACAUUUGAAAUCCAAUGCAGUGAGAAAGUUAAUCAUCUGCUAAUUUACAGAGCAUUGACAACAAAUUAAAAAUAUAGAAAUUAAUUUAGAAAUAUUGU